AUGAUGGAGUGGACAGCCCUGAUGAUAGUCUUGUGUCUCUCUGCACCGCAUAUCACAGAUGCAGAUUGUGUGUCCCAAUGCUUCUCCUGUUCCCAGCAGAUCAGAGACUCUGACACAAUCCAAAUGAAUCCACUGGCAUGCUCCUUAGAGUGUGAAGGGUCUCUAAUAUCCACUGAUGAAUGGGACUGGUGCAGGAAAAUCCUAGAGGGUGAUAGCAAAAGGGAGCAGGAACAUGUGCUUCCCUCAGACACACAAGAGAUGGUGGUUAAACGAUAUGGAGGUUUCCUGAAGAAGCUGGAUAAGGGCAAGUUCUUCUUCAACUCCCCCCAGAAGGAGAACGCCAACUUCAAGGAAGAAUCUGGCAAGAAAUAUGGAGGCUUCCUGCAAAAGUAUGGAGAAAGGGAGCUGCCUGCUGACACUGAGUUGGAGAUGGUGGUCCCAAGCAAAAAUGAAAUAGCCGAGGAUGAUCAGGAAUGGGGAAGAGAUGAGAGGAAAAGAUAUGGGGGGUUCCUGCGCAAAUAUCCCAAGAGGAGUCUAGAGAGGGCACUAGAGAUAGAGCAGGAAGAGGCAGAGCUCCAGAAGCGUUAUGGGGGAUUCAUGCGUAGAAUCCGUCCCAAACUAAAGUGGGACAAUCAGAAACGUUAUGGAGGUUUUCUUCGGCGUCAGUUCAAGGUCACCACAAGGUCAGAAGAGGAGCCUGGCUCAUUUUCAGGAGAAAUAUCUAACCUAUAG